UCAGAAUUCACACUACUUUCUGACGACAAGGUGCCCAGGAGAGGAGCUGGGGAGCCAGCGGACAGGAUGGCCCCACGGAGAGCUGUGCAGCUGUCCCUGAAGACGCCCACCCAUGCCGUGUGUGUGGUGGGAGUCAAGACGCUCGUGGACGUUCACAGCGAUGUGCCCAAGGGUGCCAAGACCUUCAGGGUCUCUGGGAGCUCCGGGGUGGAGGUCUUUGUGGUCUACCAUACCACACGAGAGACAGAGCCCAUAGGCAAGGCCCGCCGCCUCCUGGAUGCCAAAUUGGAUGUGGUCGUAUCUGUGGACGCAGCCAGUAAGGAUUUAAAGGACCUCAAGGUGAAGGUCUACUACUUCAGGGAGCCCGAGGGUGAUGCCCUGGGCCACAGUGUGCUCUACCUCACUGGUGUCGAUGUUUCCCUGGAUGUCGACACGGGCCGCACAGGUACUGUGAAGAGAAGCCGAGGGGACAAGAAAACCUGGCGCUGGGGCCCUAAGGGCUAUGGGGCUAUCUUGCUGGUGAAUUGUGACCGGGACAGUGACAAAUCUAGUGAGCCUGACCUUGCCAACAGCCAGCUGAUGACCCUGGAUGACCUGCUGGACAUGUCCCCAAUGGUGCUGAGCUGUGACGGCCCGGACGAGAUCUUCAACAGCCACAAGCUGGUCUUGAACGUGCCCAUGUCUGACUCCAGAAGAGUGGGAGUCUUCUGUGCUCGGGGUGGGAAUUCCCUCUUGGACUACAAGCAGGUUCUGGGACCCCAUCACCUGUCUUACAAAGUUGAGCGGCAGCUGGGGGAACGAGAGAUCAGAUUCUAUGUGGAAGGGCUUGCCUUCCCUGAUGCCGAUUUCUCGGGGCUGGUUUCCCUCAGCGUCAGCCUGGUGGACACAGGGACUCUGCCUGAAGUGACCCUCUUCACAGACACCGUGGCCUUCCGCAUGGCCCCCUGGAUCAUGACCCCCAACACCCAGCCCCCCAAGGAACUGUAUGUGUGCAGUGUGACAGAUGAUCAUGGCCCAAAUGAUAAAUUUCUGGAUGACAUGUCUUACCUGUCAUUGAAAGCCAACUGCAAGCUGAUCAUCUGCCCUCGGAUUGAAAAUCGAAAUGACCGCUGGAUCCAGGAUGAGAUAGAGUUUGGCUACAUUGAGGCCCCUCACAAAUCCUUCCCCGUGGUCUUUGAUUCCCCCCGAAACCGAGGCCUGAGGGAUUACUCCCAUAAGAAGAUCCUGGGUCCUGACUUUGGAUAUGUAACCCGGGAGAUCCCGUUCUCAGGCCCCUCCAGUCUUGAUUCUUUUGGCAACCUGGACGUGAGCCCGCCUGUCACCGUGGGCAGUGUAGAGUACCCCCUGGGCCGGAUCCUAGUCGGCGGCAGCUACCCCAGGUCCGGUGGGCGGCAGAUGGCCAAGGUGGUGAGGAACUUCCUGAAGGCCCAGCAGGUGCAGGCACCCGUGGAGCUAUACUCAGACUGGCUCUCCGUGGGCCACGUGGACGAGUUCCUGUGCUUUGUGCCCACCUCCGACCAAAAGGGCUUCCGGCUGCUCCUAGCUAGCCCCAGCGCUUGCCUCAAACUUUUCCAAGAGAAGAGAGAGGAGGGCUAUGGAGAGGCGGCCCAGUUUGAUGGGUUAAGAUACCGGGAGAAGAUAAGCAUUAAUGAGAUGCUGGAGGACAGACAUCUCAGGAAUGACAGUCUCCAUGCACAGAAAUGCAUUGACUGGAACCGCGAGGUGCUGAAGCGGGAGCUGGGCCUGGACGAGAGUGACAUCGUGGACAUCCCGCAGCUCUUCACCCAGAAGGAGUCCUAUGCACAAGCCUUCUUCCCGGACAUGGUCAACAUGGUGGUUUUAGGCAAAUAUCUGGGCAUCCCCAAGCCCUACGGGCCCAUCAUCCACGGCCGCUGCUGCCUGGAGGAGAAGGUGCAGUCCCUGCUGGAGCCUCUGGGCCUCCACUGUAUCUUCAUUGAUGACUACUUGUCCUACCACAGGCUGUCUGGGGAGAUCCAUUGCGGCACCAACGUGCGCCGGAAGCCCUUUCCCUUCAAGUGGUGGAACAUGGUGCCCUGAGCAGGCUCCCUCUCACCAUCCUCUCUGCCCCUCUUGCUGGGGGCCCAUCUCAGGGUGAGGGCAAGGAACGCCCACCUGGCCUCUAUCCUCUUGGAGGGGGGCUUGGCACUGUGCAAACAUGCUGGCCUCUGCAGGCACCGGGACAUAGGAACAGAAACCACCUGUCCUCGCUUCUGGAGUGGCCUGCCUAACCUAAGAAGGACCAUCUCAUUCUUCCCUCUCCUCUGCCCCACCCACAGCCCCCAGAGGUUCUAGAAAACAGCAGCCUUCGCAUGUUCAAGAAUGGCUGUGAGUGGCUUGGGCAGGUGGACCCCACUUUGAAUUGCUCCCCCUCUAGUCUUUUGCCUCUCUGGGGCACACGGGUAAUAACUGCACCGGGAGUGGACCCAGAGGGCCUGGGCUCUGCUGUGAGGGCCCUAGUUCCUCUGGCUCCUGUAGGACUGAGAGGGGGUGACCAGCGGCAACCUCCUACCGCACGGGACCUAAAGCUGUGACACCCCCAACCCCCAGUCACUUCAGCUUCAGCUUCAUCCAGCCAAAUGAGGACAGGGAAACCCAGUGUCCAAGGGCCUAUUUUAAAAAGGAAAAAAAAAGACAACAAAAACCCUUUAAUACCUGACUCUAUCCUAAGAAGGGUGCUUGUUACCUGUCAGGAAAGCCUCUAAUUACCAGAGCUGGCUGCUUCCAACUCAAGAAUGCUGAGUGGCCAAAGUGAGGCCUGAGGACACACACAGGACACAGGACAGGAGGGGAUGAGGCCAGGGUGGCAGAGAAGGUCAAAUUCAUGACUAAUGUUGGAUCUUGGGGCCUAGAGGCCUCUGUGUCCUGGGGUUCCUGAGCUUUGGAUUUGGGGCUCUGGAUUUGAAGCGAGCUGGCUGUUCCUGAUAUAGCGGGGGGGAGGGGGGCCCAGAUGUUAGAAGAGGGUGGGGGGGGCCAUUAAGUUAUCUUUGAAGGUGGGGUUUAAUUUCUUUUAAUUGUCUUUAAUUAUUCCCCUUCCUUCUGCAGGCAGUGGGAGGGGGAAGGCUCGUCCAGUCUCUCUCAGCAUCUUUGAACCCUGCAUGUAGCUUGGGUUUCGCUUCUGAGUAAACCCCCGUGGCAGGCCCAUGUCCCCUCUCAGAGUAGAGAAGAUAGCUGCCAUGGGAGGCUACUAGCCCUGGGUGAGGUCACCAAGAUAUGCACAGGUCAAUGGGCUCUUGGCCCCCAACCCUGUCUGGUUUUUAGUGGCCCUUGGUGAGACCUCAGACUGAGCCAGCCCAGCCAUGGUCACUCUUAGCCUUAGAACACUUAGCAAACAAAAGCUUACAUGGAACUGCUAUGGUUAAAGUGGUGGGUGAAAAUCUGGAUCCUCCCCUUCCAGAAGGUUCUGCAGAACCUCAUUUGAAAGCUCCUGCUUUAACCUGAGCACCCUCUGCUUAGGAUCAUGACCUAGCCUAGGCCAAGCUAAGGAAGAGGAGACAGAGGCUCUUCAGGGGAGGAGGGUGGGAGGCUGAGCUUGGGUCUUCCUGGGGAAGGAGCUGGGGGCAGGAGAGGAAUAGACACAGCAGAGAGAUGGGGAGGCUGGGGAACAAGCCUUUUGAGCCACACUGAAUGAAGGAAGCUCUAGAAUCAUUGUGGGGGCCUGGUGUCCACUCUGGGACUGUCCUGGAUGACCGGUCCUACUUUCUGAUCAAUAAAAAAGUCAGUAAGCCUUUCUUCAAGUGACUGCC